UGAGUUGUCACAUCCCUUGGGGCUGCAUCGCCCUUGCAUCCUACUAUCGCUUCUCGCUUCAAUGGCCAGCUGCGAUCGCUGGAUAUUGCAUGAAUCAGACCAGUUCCACGCAAUAUAAAUUGGCACCACCAGCUCCUCCGUCCAGCAUCCCAUCCUCAUCAGCAUGUUUCUCUCUCUGGCAGCCGCAGCCUUGGUGCUGGUAUGUUCUCUCUCUGGUUCGACACCCUGAUACUGACCAUCAGACCGUCGCAUACUGCAUCUAUCAAGUCUUCUUCCAUCCGUUUGCCAAAUAUCCCGGCCCUUUCCUGGCCAAGUUCACGCAGGCACGGCCGGCCUACUAUGCCUGGAUAGGAGAUGUGCAUCUGGACAUGUGGCGAUGCCAUCAGAAGUAUGGCCCCGUGGUUCGCUAUGGACCCAACCAUGUCAUGUUCCAAAGCUCCAGUGCCGCCAAGGACAUCUACCCCAUCGGCCGCAACUUCUCCAAAGACCCCAUCCUUGACAGCGCCGGCAAGGAAUUCCACAACACCUUCACCUUUGUCGACAAGAAAGACCACGCCCAGCGUCGUCGUCUCGUCGGUGCUGCCUUUACCGCCGGUGCCAUCCAGGCCUUUGCGCCCAAGAUCCAGCACUAUACCGGUCUGUUCCUCGAGGCCAUCCGUCCGACUCCGAAUGCCAGUGGCUGGGGCGCCCCGAUCAACGUCGGCGACUGGUGCAGCUAUCUGGCGCUGGAUCUGGCGUUGUUCCUCACGUUUGGUAUUGACUUUGGUGCCAUCGAGGGAUCGGAGUACCGUCAUGUCGUGCAUGAUGUGACCACGGCCAACAUGAAGUCCAUUGUCCUGCUGCACAUGCCGUACCUGGCUCUGGGCCGGUUGGACAAGCUCUUAAUCCCCGGUCCCACGGCUGCUGGACGACGCAAUAUCAACACCAUCCGCAAGGCGAUCAAGAAGCGUGAAGGGGCCAUCACUUCCGGCCAGGACAUCUACGCCCUUAUGACGAGCGAAAAGGCCCGGCAGGGAUCCAACAUUGGCCGCAAGCAGAUCGAAGCAGAGUGCAUCCUCAUGUCUUCUGCUGGUCUGGACAGCACUGCCAGCGCCAUGUCGGCCACCAUCUUCUACCUGACCCGCUAUCCCCAUGCCUACGCCAAACUGGCUGGAGAGGUCCGCAGCAUGUUCCCCUCCGUCGAGCACAUCUCUCUGGAAGGCAUCCGGCAAUGCCGCUAUCUGCACGCGUGUAUCAUCGAAUCCUGCCGCAUCUCGCCCCCCGCCGGCUCGGCGCAAUGGCGUGUCGCUGGCAAAGGAGGCGCGGUCGUCGACGGCGUCGAGGUCCCCGAGGGCUAUGGCUGUGGCGUGGCCAUGUACGCGACGCUGCACAAUGAGGAAUACUAUCCCCGGCCGUACGAGUUCAUCCCCGAGCGCUGGCUGGUCGACGGCGGCACUCUGAUGAGCAGCGCGUCGCAGGUGGCCGCGGCCGAGCAGGCAUUUGUCCCGUUUGGCACUGGAUCGAGAGCGUGUAUCGGACGGCCUCUGGCUGAGAUGGAGAUCAUGAUGUGUGUGGCCUCGCUGAUCUGCAAAUACGACUUUCAAGCCGCGGCCGGACCAGCAGGCAAGGUGGGAGCAGGCAGUCCAUUUGCGGUGCAGGGCCGGACAAAUCCACUGGAGUUCCAGGUGAUUGACCGGAUGACGCCGCAUCGCGAGGGGCCCAUGAUCCAGCUGAGGGAAAGGGUGUAGAAUGCGGUAGUAACUAAUCUCAUAUCAUAUAAACUUAAUCUGACGGAGUUGAGGCGGAGAUAUCCGGUCACCGGUCGGCUUUAUGUCCAUACUGUAGAUACUUAUAAAGAAGUAGAAGUACGCAGUAAAUAGUGACGACAAUCAAAAUCAAUCAUUAGAAUACAUCAGUCCAAUGUUUCCGUACAAACACGUCCUCCUGAUCGGAGCCACUGCCGGCAUCGGUCGGGCCAUGGCUGACCGUCUGGUGGAAGCCGGCGUCAAAGUGACUGCGGUCGGGCGUCGUCAAGACAGAUUGGACGAGUUUGUCCAGAAACAUGGCGAUGACAAGGCACGAGGAGUGG